AAACUCCCAUGCUCCUUCUAUCUGCUAUCCAUGGGUUAGGGUAGCUGAGAAUUGCGAAAUCCUCGUUGGGCCUCCUCCCAACUCUACUCUUCUUCUCUUCCCGUCCAGCCUCUCCACCGCUUAUUCUCCCCUCCCAUAUUCGGCGUCAGGCAAUUCGCGGUCAAGAUAGAGCCUCAACAUCGCCUCUUCAUUCUCCAAACCUAACCCCAAACUUAUUCCUCGUCGCCUUCGAUCCCGCUUAUUUUAGUCGCAUCCGAUACGCAUUGUUGUUGCUUGGUACUAGCGGCAACUCUUUAAGCGCUGUGUUGUCCGCGAGCCAUCAUCAUCACAAUCACCAUCCAUUGUCUUUCCAACUUGCGACCAUCGGGUAUUUCUAACGACCGUGGUUUAUUGUCGGAUUCUGACACAUCGCCGCGCAAUUCUUAAAACCAUAUUUUUCCCGACCGGUCUUUUUUCUUUUAUUAGGCCUCUCACUUAAUUUCUAUUUUUUUUUUUUUUCCCUUUUUCAUGCACGCGCCUCUCAUAUAAUUUCUUCGCCGCGAAUUCACCGCACUAUAGAGCUCCGACUCUACUUCGAUAAGGAUUGAAAUUCUACAAGACAGCAUCCUUAACGUCCUAUUCGAGUCAAACGAGCUUCAUGGCGAAUCAUCACCCUUCGCCACAAAUGGCGAUGCAAAUGCAGCACCACGGUCCGCCGGUUCCUCCCCCUCCUCCCCCGGGUCCAGCUCAAGGGGCACAAUGGAGGACACCGUCGCAGCAUAUUGUCGCCGUAAACGAGGCUCUUUGGAUGCAAAUUGGCAGUUUCUCUGAACUCCUUGGCAAUUUGGACGAUGCCAUGGGCGCUUACGAGCGUGCGCUAUUAGCGAACCCAACCUCGAUUCCAGCCAUGAACGCAAUUAGUUUAAUCCUUCGAACUCGCGAAGAUUUCCAUAAGGCGGUAGAGUAUUUACAAGCUAUACUCAAGAUAGACGCCACCCAAGGUGAAGUUUGGGGCAGUCUGGGCCACUGUUACCUCAUGAUGGAUGACUUGCAGCAAGCAUACGCUGCUUAUCAAUCAGCCCUAGUCAAUCUCCCAAAUCCAAAAGAGCCCAAACUUUGGUAUGGCAUAGGCAUUCUCUACGAUCGGUAUGGAUCUCUUGAUCACGCCGAGGAAGCCUUUUCGCAAGUUAUGCAGAUGCAACCGGAUUUUGAAAAGGCCAACGAAAUCUACUUCCGACUCGGUAUAAUUUACAAACAACAAUCAAAAUAUGGCCCAAGCUUAGAGUGCUUUAAAUACAUUGUCAGCUCACCUCCGCCACCCUUGACCGAGGAAGAUAUUUGGUUUCAAAUCGGACACGUGCACGAGCAACAAAAGGAUUAUGACAGCGCUAAAGCCGCUUACAUGCGAGUACUUGAACGUGACCCAAAUCACGCAAAGGUUUUGCAACAGCUUGGUUGGCUUCAUCACCAACAGAGCAGUAGCUUCCAGACUCAAGAGCGCGCAAUUGAGUACCUGGAAAAAUCCGUUGCCGCAGACAACAAUGAUGCCCAAAGCUGGUAUCUCCUUGGUCGAUGUUACAUGUCACAACAGAAGUAUCCCAAGGCUUAUGAAGCAUAUCAACAAGCUGUGUACCGCGACGGACGGAAUCCUACAUUUUGGUGCUCCAUUGGUGUACUUUAUUACCAGAUCAAUCAGUAUCGAGAUGCCUUAGAUGCGUACUCCCGGGCGAUACGCCUAAACCCGUACAUAUCUGAGGUUUGGUAUGACCUAGGUACUUUGUAUGAAUCUUGCAAUAACCAGAUCAACGAUGCUUUGGAUGCAUACCAGAGGGCUGCUGAGUUAGAUCCUGCCAACCCUCACAUCAAGGCUAGACUUCAACUCUUGCGGGCUGGCCAAACGUCGGGAAAUCUCCCGCAAGCCGUCCCCACUGACGUUCACCCCCAAUCUUAUGGGGCCCAGGGACCGCAAGCACCGCCAUGGACCGGUUCCGCACAGAUGCAACAACAAUCCGGACCUGGAGGCCCUCAUAGGCCGCCUCCUGGACCUGCAGCAGCCAAUGGAUGGGGUCAAAGAACCAGUGAUAUCAACCCACCUCAGCCGCCUAAUCCCUAUGACCAACGGGAGCCCUUUCGUGGGCCAGCACCUCCCCUCCCUCGACAGCCCAGUCCCCGGCAGGAGAUGAGGCAAUACGGAGAAGCCAAUCGACCUGGUCCGGCACCAAUUCGAAGGGGCCCUUCUCCGGGACCGCCGACUCAGUACGCUCCUCCAGGACCAGCGCAGCAGCCUCCACCGCCUGCGCAGGGUCCCACUCGAGUUAACAAUCCUAACUAUACACCGGCGCCUGCUUCAAACAUGGCUCCUGCUAAUGGACCGCCCAAUGGUGCUCCACCACCGCAUUCUUUGAUGUCCUAUCGCAAUGGAUCCCCUCGCUCGGAACCGAGGCCCAUUCACGAUAACCGAAUGCCUUCGCCCAAGUCAGCAUAUCCUCAGCAUCAGCCCGCAUUCCCCCAUCACCCGGAAGGAGGUAUCCCUAGCAUGGACACCGCCCCUCACCCAAAAGGGAUAAUUGGCCCUGAUAUACACAGGGACCAUGAUCGACCAGCAUCUGUUGCUUCCAAGAGGAUGCGGGAAUGGGAGGAUGAACCUGCUAUUAAGAAGCCCGCCAAUGAGGAAAAUCGGGCUCGGAUGGAAGACAUUCGUCAUCGACGACCGUCAACACCGCCACGGGAUCCAUAUCGCCGUUCCCCGGACGCGCAUCGCUUUGAGGAGCAACGACGCAUGGAUGAACAGCGACGUGUUGAUGACCAGAGACGCGCCGAGGAAAUGCGUCGUGUCGAGGAGCAAAGGCACCCCAACGAGAGCUACCACCCAUCCGAUGCUGCACAUCAUCCCCCGACGCAUUCGAUACCAAAUCACCUACCUCCGAUGCAACAAGGCCCACCUCCGCCUAUGCAAGGAUUACUCCAUGACGGACCCCAGCCAAGCCCGGCCCCAAAAGACUACGCCCAAGACGAGCGCCAGAGGCUCGAACACCCCCAGGCUCCGACUCCGUCGCAGAUCAACGAACCCGAACGAGCCGCUAGGAAGAUGGACGUCGAUGACGAUUACGAUGACAGUGGAGAGGAGGAGAAAAAGGUGACGGUAAACGGUGCCGCGUCAGGACCCAGCUCCGCAUCAGGAGAUUUAAAGAAUACAACACCUACCAGUGCUAGCCUGAACGGAAUAAUGGGACCUGCCCCGAAGGCAGAGGGAACUGCUUGAACUGGAUUUUUUAUUUUUUAUCUACGAACUCUGAACGCCAAUACAUACCCAUUUCCUAUUGCUGUUCAGGAUUGUUUCUAAGUCAUGUAUAUCAAUUGUCGAGUUGGUGAGCUGCUCCUAGUUAGGUCAGGUGGCAGUCAGCAAGUCUGUCUAUCUUUUCAAAAGAACGUUUAUUAUCUCAACAAACCAGAUGUGCCUCAAAAUAUAAUUCCAUAAGUGAAAGCGGAAAAGUGCAUAGCUUGAUGUGUUGCUUGUAGAUAUCAUUACCGCACGAUUAAUUCAUACAAUGUAUAUACCUAUGCAAAUUCAUAAGCAGUCCC